GCAGCGCAUGCGCCGAGCCGGCAGGCCGGAGAAUUGUCGGCUUGGAAAUGGCGGCCGCGGGCUUGGUCGCUGUGGCCGCGGUUGCAGAGUACUCUGGCCCAGUUGCUGCGGGAAGUAACCUCUCCAGUGUUAACUGCGGCCCAAGCUCCGGGGCAGGCCCUGGUCCUGGCCCCGGCUCGUGGAGCCGCUCCCUCGAUCGAGCGCUGGAGGAGGCGGCGGUAACCGGGGUGCUGAGCCUGAGCGGCCGGAAACUGAGGGAGUUUCCCCGGGGAGCGGCCAACCACGACCUGACGGACACGACCCGGGCGGAUCUGUCUCGAAAUCGUCUCUCAGAAAUUCCCAUAGAAGCAUGUCACUUUGUUUCUCUUGAGAAUCUCAACUUGUACCAAAAUUGUAUUCGGUAUAUACCAGAGGCAGUUCUAAACCUGCAAGCUCUAACAUUCUUAAAUGUUAGUCGGAACCAACUAUCAACUUUGCCAGUACACUUGUGUAAUUUACCAUUGAAGGUCCUAAUUGCUAGUAAUAACAAAUUGGUUUCGCUUCCAGAAGAAAUUGGACUUCUCAGACAUUUAACAGAACUUGAUGUGAGCUGCAAUGAAAUUCAAACAAUACCUUCUCAAGUUGGUAACUUGGAGGCCUUGAGAGACCUUAACGUAAGAAGAAAUCACUUAGUACGUUUACCUGAAGAACUAGCAGAGUUGCCUUUGAUACGGUUAGACUUGUCCUGCAAUAAAAUUACAACAAUCCCAGUUUGUUACCGGAACCUCAGGCACCUGCAGAUGAUCAUCCUAGAUAACAAUCCACUGCAGUCUCCUCCUGCACAGAUAUGUAUAAAAGGCAAAAUCCACAUAUUUAAAUACUUGAACAUACAAGCUUGUAAGAUUACUCCAGAUCUGCCAGAUUUUGACAGGAGACCCUUGGGUUUUGGCUCAUGCCAUGAAGAACUGUACUCAGGUCGCCCUUAUGGAGCCCUUGAUUCAGGCUUCAAUAGUGUGGACAGUGGUGAUAAGAGAUGGUCAGGGAAUGAACCUACAGAUGAAUUUUCAGAUCUGCCUCUUCGAGUAGCAGAAAUUACUAAAGAACAAAGACUACGGAGAGAAAGCCAGUAUCAGGAGAAUCGCAGCAGCUUAGUUGUAACAAAUGGUGGAGUGGAGCAUGAUCUGGAUCAGAUCGACUACAUUGAUAGCUGUACUGCAGAGGAAGAAGAGGAUGAGGUGAGACAGCCCAAGGGCCUGCACUCAGACAGCCUCAGUUCACAGUUUGUGGCCUAUAUUGAACAACGGCGAAUCUCUCACGAGGGUUCACCAAUAAAGCCAGUACCCCUGAGGGAGUUUCAAAAAACAGAAGACAUGAGAAGAUACUCACAACAAAUCAGGGUUCCAGUUGAAUCAUCUUCUCUCUUGUCACUAUCACCAAGUCAUACUCAGUUGUCACAUACAGACUUAGAACUCCAUCGGAGAAGAGAACAAUUAGUAGAGCGUACUCGGAGAGAGGCACAGCUUGCUGCCUUACAGUAUGAGGAGGAGAAAAUAAGGACAAAGCAGAUUCAGAGAGAUGCUGUCCUGGACUUUGUCAAGUGUACCUUCCCAUCCAGAAGGUCUCAGCACACUGAUGAUAGUGCCUUGUUAGUGAAUAAUGACAGAUCUAAUGCCAUAUCAAGUUCACCUACAACAGAAACAGUCCAUCAUUCCCCUGCAUAUUCCUUUCCCACUGCUGGUCUCCUGAGAAACCAGCCCCAGCGCCCUGAGAGCUUCCUUUUCCGAGCAGCCAUCAGGGCAGAAACAAACAAAGGUCAUGCUUUACCUGUUCUUUCAUCUUCUGUAUCUACCACUGAUUCAGCAGAUCCCAUAACAAGACAGAAUUCAAGACAGAGAGAAGAAGAGCUGGAAUUAAUUGAUCAACUGCGGAAACAUAUUGAGUACCGGUUGAAAGUAUCUCUACCUUGUGAUCUUGGAGCAGCUUUAACCGAUGGUGUUGUUCUUUGCCACUUGGCCAAUCAUGUGCGGCCUCGGUCCGUCCCAAGCAUUCACGUCCCUUCACCAGCUGUACCUAAAUUAACAAUGGCAAAAUGCAGGCGAAAUGUGGAGAAUUUCCUAGAAGCUUGCAGAAAAAUUGGUGUACCUCAGGACAAUCUUUGUUCCCCUUCUGACAUCCUUCAGCUAAACCUCAGCGUUAAAAGAACUGUUGAAACACUCCUUUCUCUUGGGGCACAUUCAGAAGAAUCCAGUUUUGUCUCUCUAUCUAUCCAGCUUUUGGGUUUUGUGGCAUUUUACUGUACUUUAAUGUUAACUCUCUGUAUGCUUUAUUACUGGAGCUUCCCCCUCUAGCUGAAAGAUGGCAUUCCAGCAACUUUCCACCUCAUUUCUGUGCUUGGUAAAGGAGGUUUGUUUCUUGUUCAAAGUAUUUACAUACAUGUUUUUUUCCCCUGGCCAUCAAAGAGCUAAUCAGUAAAGUAGAUAAAUCCUUUACUCCUAUGUCCACACGAGCAGCCCGUCACUUUAGUAAGCAUUUGUGAUUGCUAACAGAGUAAAAGACCAUUUUUUUUCCCUGUUCAUUUUGUUUCUCAUAAAUGUUGAAGCAUUUCUUUCUACUAAUACAAUCCAGAGCCUUUUCUUGGGAUAUGGCUUAGAACUUUAUUUCCAAAUGACAUAAAAUUCCCUUCUGGCCAUUUUUCUGUGCUUCACCACAACUUACAUGUUGAAACUGUGAGUUGCAGAGCCUUUUCAACAGCUGCUCAAAAUGAAAAUUGUUUUACUCUUUCCAGGUUAGGGGACACCUGGUCACUUGGAUCUCUGCAUUCAGUUGUGUCCUGAAAUUCUAAAAUCUCCCUUUAUCGGAAGGUACAGGUACACCUAAGGAUUUGCUGUCUGAAUAUGUGGAAGGCACUGCUGUUUAAUCUUAAUAAUUUUAAUUUGACCAGAAUACACAGUCCAAAGAUCAUGCAGGUUCCCUAGAGUACUAUCCUGAGCCUAGUGUAUACACCCGUUUAUAUUUACUGUUUGUUACCUUUAAGUGAGUUCAUCUUUGGAAUCCUAUUUAGAAUUUAAGACUGGAAUUUAUUUAAUUUCUAAUAUAUUUGGACCAGUUUCAAAUAGGCCAACUUAUAUUUUAUAGGCAGUUAAGAUUGUAUCUGAACAGCAGCAGGUAAAGAAAGUAUUAGGCAGCAGUCUCUGUUCUGUACCCAAGGCAGUGAGUAUUGUCUCCUUCAGAAUGAUUAGUACAUUAGCUGCUAUCUUAAUGCUUGAAACUGCUUUAUAGUUGCAUUCAGAUCCUAAUUCUCAGUAUUUCUGAACUCUGUUAACAAAAUUGGACAACUAAACUCUGUAAGUAUGAAGGGAAAUUGCAAGGAACAUGUCAUCCUGUUGUAGAAGUCAGCCUGAAGGUCUGAUUGUUUUGGUUUUCUUUCAUAUUAAAUGGGACAAUUAUUUAACACGUAAGUUUACUGGUAAUGCUGAAACAUCAAGCACUGUGUUGAAAAUGUCAGGUUUAUACAGUAGCGGUGCCUCCUGGAGUUUGGGGGUUUCGGAUUUGUUUUGUCAUUAAGACGUCUCUGAGUCAGAGGUCAUUCAGUUUUGUCCCUUUUAAGAAAACACCUGAUAAAAAGCACAUGGUCUCCUCUGUAGUUUGAGGGGAAAAAAUUGUACCUUCUCUUCAGAACAGUGUUCUAGGCCAGCAGGAAGGUAAAUAUGCAUCUGGAAAGCAUGAGCCUCUGCAGGAAUGUCUAAGCCACAGGCUGCCCAGGUCAUAGGGCACAAGGAGAUUGAGGAAUUGCCCUUGGAGAGAAUAUGUCUCUCCCAAAAGCAAAGUACCGUGCAGGUUCAUUUCACACAGUCAAUCUGUACUUGCAGUUGUACUCUAAGUAUUUAUGUAUAGUUGCUAGUUUUGUAAGAUCAAAAGAUUGUUUUAUCAGAAGUAUUAAAGAAGUAACUAAGAACCACAAGUACCAAUAACUGCUCAAAAUAAAUACUCAUAUUUUUUAUUGCAACUGGUUUUAUGAAAUUCUCUUAUAAUAUAGUAAAUGCCAGUGAAAAGCUGAGAAAAGCCAGUUACCUUUUUUAAUAAAUAUAUAUAGUGUCUUCUACAGUAGAACAGAAUGCCACUUUCUGGCCUAUGUGAGAGCAAUCUCUUUUUGAACACUUAGUCUUAAAAGAAAAAUGAGCGAUAGGUGUUAAGCUUAAGCUAGGCCUUUUUCUGUUAUAAGCAAGGAGUAAUCAAACACAGUAAUGUGACAAACAACUUCUUAAGCAAACAUCUAAACAAUUUUCAAAUAUAUGGUAGUUAAGAUGUUCCUGGCUAAACUCACAUUUUAGUUCUCUAGCAUAAUUUAAUCCAUCAAAUACCAGGACACAAAAUACUUUAGUUUUUCAAAUACAGUAUAUAUAUUUUUUUCAAUCUGUAGUUUAGAUUUUUUACUAAUUCAAACUGGGUCUUCCAUGAAUUACUAAAGGUAGGGGAUAGUUUCUCAAAUACAUCUAAAUCUCAAGGAUACACUUCAGUUCUCUCCUGUGAUCCCCGCCUGGUAUGAGAACCCUGAUUUUCACAAUCAGGGUAUAACACGUGUAGUGGUGUCCCUGUCAGGCUGUUCAAGUGAUGGAAUGAAACCAUUUUGUGUUCCUGUGGUAUGUCAUUUCCAAAGUGCUUCCUCCUACAAUGUUGUAUUUUUCAGGCUUGAGCCCCCUGGGCACUGGGAUCUUCUCUUUCCGCCUGCCCUGUUCUGCUGGUCUGCAUCACUCAUUUAUUUACCACAGUUGAAGGAUGUUGCUUUCACUCCAUAGCACUUUUCCUUAUUCUCUGUUGUGUAUGUAAGUGUAUGUAAACUUGUCUGUUUCCCAAUUUUCCAAAUGAUAUGUAUGUACUUUUAGUUGUAUUAAUAAGGUGACGUGAGUGUCAGAUGCCAUCUCUGUGUGACUCCUACUACCUGAGAUCGGCUCCUCAGGUGUUGACUUUCCAUAGCUCAGCUGGUUAUCAUGAGAGAGAGGAGAGAUGCUCUUUUUUUUCAGUUCUGUGAUGUUCAUCCUAUAUUUCUCUUUUGUUUGUUUUUAUGUUACGUUGUCCCAUUUCAGGAGCAAUUAUGUUUGCCUCUCCACAUUUUAGAAGAGAAAGGCUUGAGCCAGGUGGCCGUGACGGUCCAGGCUCUCCUGGAACUUGCGCCACCCAAGCAACAGCAGCCCCAGUUUUCUGCUGUGUGAGGACUCGGGCACUGGGGCGCUGGCCUGGACGAACAGACAGGACGGCGUGAUUGCCGCUGCGGCCUUCUGCUUCCCUGAACUCUCGUAUGUUCUUAAAGGGACUGUUUCCAUGAUUCCUGACAGGAAUGUUUUGCUUCAUUUCUCCAUUUUAGGGGAGGUUAUAUCCAUUUCCACUGAUUGUUUAUGAAGACAUGGUUGGUUUUUGCAAAUGAAACUUAAUCCUGUCAUUACUGAGAACCCAGCACUGAAGCCUAAACUGGCUGUGCUUUCCUAGAGGGUAGGCUCUCUUUACUUACCAAGAUGACUGUCCUUGCAGAGGGAUAAUUAGCUCUCUUGAAGGCACAGAAAUGCUAUUAUUUAUACCUGUUUUCAAGACCUUGAGAGUCCACUGGCUUCUGAACUUAGUUCGUUAUAGUCUCCUGGAGCAUUUAUUAAAAAUACAGAUUCUAAUUCAGUGGAUCUACAUUGAGGCCUAGGUAUCUGCACUGUCAUCAAACAUUCCAGGUGUUUCAUGUAGUGGAGACCACCAUUCCAUGCUAGAUAUUGGUAUGAUUUGGGGGAGUAAUGACUCCACUGUGUUUUCCAACUACAUUUAAAAUCAGCAUCUGUAUUAUGACUACUUGGAUGGUCUGUCUAAGGCAAAAGAAAAAUAACAUAGAACGGGUUUUUGGACAAAAAACCUCUUUUGGAGAAAAUACAGAGUUGUGUGUGUUCUAGGCCUGCCCAGCUCCAGUCCACCCUGUUUAGAGGGUGCUUCUGUGUCAUCCCACACUCUGUACACAAGCACUCCCCACACAGCUUCCAAAUGCUUAGGCACACUCAGCCUCCGGCUUCACUGCGCCUUCCUGCUCUUCCCCCGUGCGGCUCCCAGCAUGCCUGGAGCAGCUAAUGGAAGAUUAUGAAGAGAAAGCAAAAGGGAUAGAGGAAAAGCCAAGGUUCUUCUAUUUCUUUCAGGAAACUGCCUGUUUCUGUGGCUCAGUUAAGGUGCUUGUGGCAUCUUACAAACAGCCAGCAAAGAAGUCUUUUCAUCUGUCUUGUCUAACUCCACCUCUAGGGCCUUAUUUGCUCUAAUUGUGGGUGGAGCAAAAAGGUCCAAGGACUGGAGCAUCACAAAGCCAGGAGCUUUUAUGCAAGGUUAGCCCCCUGGGUCUCUCUUCUUCCCAUGCUUUGGGCCCCCUUUAGUUGUCUGGGUAUCUUUGGUAUUCUCUGCCUUUGUGAACCAAGCACGUAGAGUUAAGUGAGAAGAUACUAGUUAUUCAGCGUUUUUCCUAUUGUUAACUUGUGGAUUUUCUUUGCCAAUGCAUGCAUUUGAGCAUAAUGUUCUUUCUCUGUCACGUUAAUGCAGCAUCUAAAAGGAACUUUGGAUAAAAUUAUGUUGAAUUAUUCUGGUCAGAGUGUCUUUUCCUGUUCUUACAAGGAAACAAGUUCAUCAGAACAUUUGUUCAAGUUUAAAAUCUUAUAACAUAAAACAUCUGGCCCAAAACCCAGUCCUUCAGGGUCCUCAGAACAAAAACAAAAUGUCUUCUAAGUGCUUAAGAGCCAGACCCCAUUAUAUUUACAGUGACAAACAGACCCACCAAUCAUAUGACUUGUUUAUAAUUUAGCUGUGUAUUUUUAAACUAUAGGUACCUUUCCUUUAGUCAAUAUUACAAUGCCCAGAUUAUGUAGAGACAUUCGAAAUGAAACCCAGCAAAGGACAAGACAGCUUGUCACUUAAGUCACUUCUGGGAAUAAUCCCAGAAGACAAAUGUAAUGCAACAUUUGAAACAUUUGUAUCUAAUUUCCCUGUUGGAAUAAUUUCAACCUAUUUCAAAUUUUACUCAUAACAUGAAACCAGAUUAAUGUAUUUUCAUUAAACUAAUUCAAAUUUAGAAUUGUUAGAAAAAAAUUUACAUCAUUAUGGCUGAUAUAAAGUAAAAUAUCAAAUAUAUUGAAGUUCUUUUCUAUGUCAAGGUGCAAAAACAAAUCAUGAUUUUUUGGAAAAUUUUUGUAUUCAGUGUUUUGCAAGUACCUUUUUUGUUUAACUGGGAACUUUAGCAUUUAGCCUUGCUUAAGACUCCUGUGUAAGAUGGAGAUGACUUUGUAGGAGUUCCACCUGACCUUGUGUGAGCCUCCUACAGUGACCUUCCCAGCACCCACUGUGUGGGAAGAGGCUGAGUGCCCACUCACCAGGGCCCCUGCCAACCACAGAGCUUUGAAGGCGGCAGGUUUCUGGGCUUUCAAACUCACAUGCCUAGUGCUCCAAACCAGUUCUCUGGAAACAACUCAUGAGAGGAACAGCCUUUGUAUUUCGCUAGAACAGAGUAGGGGGCUUCUUAGUAGAUCAUGUUAAUAGUUUUUAAAAAUACAGCUUUUAUAGCUUUUCAAGGAGUCUGUGAUUUCUCCUACUUGCUGCAGCUCAGCAGGAACUAAUGAUGUGUGACAUGCUGAUGAGUAUGAUGAAUUUUUGAAAACUAAGCGUUUAAAAGGUUGUAGAAAUGAAGGAAAACAUGGAUAUUUAGAAAACUUUUAUAUACAUAUUGCAGUGAGAUGGAGAUUUCAUUUUAUUUCUGAAAGUGUUGUAAACAUGUAAAGAUUUUGUAAAACAUUGUCCUAUAUUUGUAUGUCUGUAAAUACAAUGCAUAAGUUCUAAGUAUAAAUAUGUCAAUAUCAUGUGUUAUUUUAUAUUGUCUGUAUGCCACCUUACACACUGACAUUAAAAUAAAAACCAACACUUCAGUAGCAUGAAAUAAAGGCUGAUUUGAAAAUGUU